UGCAAUCGGAAUCCAAAUUUGAACUGGGGACGUUUCUCUUUCUAGUUCCCGCUCUCUUUCUUUUCGCGAGGGAGCCAAAAUUCGAUCUAGGGUUUUGUUUUUCUCGCUAACCGAGAACUUCACUUAGGGUUCUCUGUUUCAAAAUCAAAAUCCGCGUCUUUUUAUUUAUUUUUGGAUUCGUUCCAGUGUUGUUUAUUCUUUCAAAUAAGAUGUCGCAAGACGAAGAGAUUGCGAUGCGUGAUGUGACAAGCGCGGGUCUUUGCAUUGGUGACCGCAUUGGCCGAGAAGCCGCAUCGCAGCUUGACCUAGAAGAAGCUCUUGAAGCUUCUAGAUACGCUAGUCACCCUUAUUCAACUCAUCCCAGAGAGUGGCCGCCUUUGAUUGAGGUUGGUGAGACUUGGGAAUUGCCUUCUGUACUUAUUGAGAGGUAUAAUACAGCUGGGGGAGAAGGGACGGCUCUGUGUGGGAUUUUCCCGGAGAUCCGACGAGCUUGGGCAUCUGUAGACAAUUCUUUGUUUCUGUGGCGUUUUGAUAAAAGGGAUGGGCAAUGUCCUGAGUAUAGCGGGGAGGAGCAAGCUAUUUGUGCGGUUGGUCUAGCAAAAUGUAGACCUGGAGUUUUUGUUGAAGCUAUUCAAUAUCUUUUGGUGCUGGCAACUCCUGUUGAGUUGGUUCUUGUUGGAGUGUGCUGCACUGAAGGACCUGAUGGUAGAGAUCCUUUUGCUGAAAUUUCAGUACAGCCUCUACCUGACUAUACAAUUUCAUCAGAUGGAGUGACAAUGACAUGCGUUACAUGUACCAAUAAAGGGCGCAUUUUCAUUGCUGGACGUGAUGGUCACAUCUAUGAACUGCUAUAUACAACUGGCUCAGGCUGGAAUAAACGUUGUCGUAAAGUUUGCCUUACUGCAGGCGUAGGUAGUGUGAUCUCAAGGUGGGUUGUGCCAAAUGUGUUCAAGUUUGGAGCUGUAGAUCCUGUCGUAGAGAUGGUUGUGGAUAACGAAAGGCAAAUUUUAUAUGCCCGCACUGAAGAGAUGAAACUUCAAGCAUAUGUUUUUGGGCCAAAUGGGGAAGGUCCUCUUAAGAAGGUGGCAGAAGAAAAGAAUCUACUAAAUCAGAAGGAUGUGAGCCAAGGAAAUCGUCAGGCAGCAGUGGCAGGUCGAUCUAACAAGCCCUCCAUAGUCAGCAUUUCGCCAUUGUCCAUGCUGGAGUCAAAAUGGUUGCACCUUGUUGCAGCAUUAUCAGAUGGCAGGAGGAUGUAUCUUUCCACCUCCUCAAGUGGAAGUGGUAGCAGUAUUAGCUUUAGUGGGUUUAACAACCACCGUCAGACUCCAAACUGUCUGAAAGUGGUUUCAACCAGGCCAUCUCCUCCAUUGGGAGUCGGUGUUGGUCUUGGUUUUGGAGCUGCAUCUAUCGCUGGUAGAACUCAGAACGAAGACCUCUCUAUGAAAGUUGAAACUGCCUACUAUUCUGUUGGAACUCUUGUCCUUUCUCCUGAUACUGCUGCUACUGUUCAAUCUUUAUAUUCAGAACUAGAAUACUGUGGACUCGAAGUCUCAGGAGAGUCUUAUGAAAAAGCAUGUGGAAAACUCUGGGCCAGAGGUGAUCUUUCGACCCAGCAUAUAUUGCCAAGGAGAAAGAUUGUCGUUUUUACCACCAUGGGUAUGAUGGAACUCGUUUUUAAUAGGCCUGUGGAUAUCUUAAGGAGACUUCUAGAAUCCAAUUCUCCAAGGUCCCUUCUAGAAGAUUUUUUCACCCGCUUUGGAGCAGGCGAAGCAGCUGCCAUGUGCUUGAUGUUGGCUGCCCGAAUAAUAAAUUUUGAAGAUUUAAUGAGUAAUAUUGUUGCCGAUAAGGCAGCUGAGGCGUUUGAGGAUCCGAGAAUUGUAGGAAUGCCACAAUUUGAUGGCACUAGUGGAUUGUCAAACACUAGAACAGCAACUGGAGGUUUCAGCAUGGGCCAAGUUGUUCAAGAAGCGGAGCCCAUUUUCUCAGGUGCUUAUGAAGGGCUCUGCCUUUGUACAUCAAGAUUACUGUUUCCCCUAUGGGAACUUUCUGUGAUGUCUAAGAAAAUCAGUUCUGACACCAUGUCUGAGGAAGGAGUUGUGAUCUGUCGUCUUUCUACCAGUGCUAUGCAUGUUCUGGAAAGCAAGGUUCGAUCAUUGGAGAAAUUCUUAAGAUCUAGAAGAAACCAGAGAAGGGGGCUUUAUGGAUGUGUUGCUGGGUUAGGAGAUGUAACUGGCUCUAUUUUGUAUGGUACUGGUUCAGAGUUGGGAGCUACUGAGAGGAAUAUGGUUAGGAGCUUGUUUGGAGCAUAUUCCAACGGAGGUGAGUCAGCAAAUAAAAGACAGCGGUUGCCGUAUAGUUCUGCUGAAUUGGCUGCCAGAGAGGUGAGGGCUAUGGAGUGUAUCAGGCAGUUGCUUCUCAGAUCUGCAGAAGCCCUUUUCCUACUCCAACUUCUUUCUCAACAUCAUGUUGCUAGAUUAGUUCAGGGGUUUGACGCAUAUCUAAAGCAAGCUUUAGUUCAGUUGACAUUCCAUCAGCUAGUUUGUUCUGAAGAGGGUGACCAAAUUGCAACAAGGCUCAUAUCUGCCGUGAUGGAGUAUUAUACUGGCUCAGAUGGCAGGGGAACAGUUGACGAUAUAAGCGGGCGACUACGUGAAGGUUGCCCAAGUUACUUCAAGGAGUCUGAUUACAAAUUCUUCUUAGCUGUUGAACGUCUUGAGAGAGCUGCUCUAACUUCAGAUACUGAAGAGAAGGAGAAUGUUGCUAGAGAGGCGUUCAGUUUCUUGAGCAAAAUCCCUGGAUCUGCAGAUCUCCGAACUGUUUGCAAACGUUUUGAGGAAUUGAGGUUCUAUGAAGCUGUUGUCUGCUUGCCUUUGCAGAAGGCCCAAGCUCUUGAUCCUGCUGGCGAUGCUUUCAAUGACCAACUUGAUGCUUCCAUAAGAGAGCAUGCUCUUGCCCAGCGGAAACAAUGCUAUGAGAUUAUUGCCAACUCCGUGCGAUCUUUAGCUAGUUCCAUGCUAGACGAGGCUUCACGUAGACAAUAUAUAUGCCAGAUUGUUCAUCUUGGUGUGCAAUCAACUGACAGAGCGUUCCGGGAGUACCUAUACAAGGCCAUGAUAGAACUGGGUCUUGAAAACGAGCUCCUGGAGUAUGGAGGUCCGGAUUUGGUACCUUUUCUCCAGAAUGCUGGCAGUCAUUCUGCAUCACAGGUUGGGGCUGUAUCUACUGGUUCAUCUCCGCUGGGUCACUCAGGAACACAGAUUUCAUCAAAUCAAGCAAAAUACUUUGAUCUUCUUGCGAAAUACUAUGUGUCAAAGAGACAGCAUGUGCUUGCUGCUCACGUAUUUCUAAGGCUUGCAGAGAGACGUGCUAUUAGUUCAGGGGACAAUCCUACACUUGAACAAAGGCGACAAUACCUAAGCCACGCAGUUUUACAGGCCAAGAAUGCAAGUAAUAGUGAUGGUUUAGUAGGUUCUUCUCAAGGUGCUUCUGACAAUGAGUUGCUUGAUCUGCUUGAAGGAAAACUCGCAGUUCUUCAGUUCCAAAUUAAGAUCAGAGACGAACUUGAAGCUAUAGCUUCCAAUUCCGAGUCCUCGGCUGCCAUGCAGGACUCUGACCAGAACGGGACAGUACUUGAUGGUGAUUCUAGUGAUGAUUCCAGCUUAGCAAAUGCAGCAAAUGAAAAGGCCAUGGAGCUCUCCUCGGAACUUAAAAGCGUAACACAGUUGUAUAAUGAAUAUGCUGUCCCAUUUGAGCUCUGGGAGAUCUGUCUGGAAAUGCUCUACUUUGCCAACUAUUCUGGUGAUUCUGAUUCAAGCAUAAUAAGGGAAACAUGGGCUAGACUUAUUGACAAAGCUCUUUCACAAGGUGGGAUAGCUGAAGCCUGUUCAGUUCUCAAGAGAGUCGGAUCUCAUAUAUACCCUGGCGGUGGAGUUGUUUUACCCCUCGAUGUUUUGUGCCUUCACCUCGAGAAAGCUGCACUUGAGAGAUCAGAGAGGGUUGGGGAUGUUGCGGAUGAUGACAUAGCUCGAGCUCUUCUGGCCGCUUGCAAAGGCGCAGCUGAACCUGUGCUUAACGCUUAUGACCGUUUGCUAUCCAAUGCAGCCAUUGUGCCAUCACCAAAUCUAAGGAUCCGCCUCCUUAGUUCGGUUCUAGUGGUGCUCCUUGAAUGGGCAAUGUCUGUAUUGUCAGACAGAAUGGGGUCGAGUCCAACCAGCUCUUCUCUCAUACUAGGCGGAUCAUUUGCUCUGGAGAACAAAGCUGUUAGUAAUCAAGGGGUCCGUGAUAAGAUCGCAAACGCUGCAAACAGGUAUAUGACGGAGGUAAGGAGACUGGCUCUGCCACCGAACAGGACGGAGUUAGUAUACGCAGGUUUCAAAGAACUUGACGAGUCUCUCUUAACUCCAUUCUCCUUCUGAUCCAUCACUCUCUUCUAUUUUUUCUUUUUGUAUUUUGGAUGCAAUUUCACCUUUUUUAAUAGGUUUUAUAGCAGCGUUCUUGUAACUUUAAAUUACACUCUUUGGGGAAAUUUCCCCUUUCUUCUUCUUUAGUCUUCAGAGAGAAUCAAAAAUACGAAAAGAGAAAAAAUAAUUCUGUAGUUCCUCCUCGUAAAACUCGGGGGCCUUGUCUGUCAAUUUUAAUCUGUAUUCUCUGUAACUUGACUAAUUUCUUUAUCGAGUGUUGUUGUUGAUUAGUAUUUAA